CAUGAACUACCUUCAUCUGUCACAUGUCACAUGUCAAAACAUUUUGGCAAGGCAAGGUUUUGGUUGAAUUGUACGUAGAUUACAUUUAUUGCAAAGAUUUUUAUCAUAUUGUUUAAUUAUUAAUUAUCCUCAUUAGAUAUUCUUCUUAAAUGAUGGAAGUUGAAUCAGAAGGUUGCGAUUCCCAAAUGAAUAAAUCAGGCUCAACAUCUGGAAGCCCAGUCUCCAGAUCAUCAUCUGUUGAAUCUAACAACUCUGCUAAAAAUAGUACCAGAUCAAGAUCAGCAAGUCCACAAGUGAAUGGAGACGCUUCACCUAGAAAAUCUAGAUCAAGAUCUAGAAGUGGUUCUAGACCUCACAGUGCUGCUAGUUCUAGAUCAAAUUCAGGUUCCCAGCAUUCAAAUAAAUCAGGCAGUAGAUCUAGAUCACACAGUUCACAAAGAUCCAGAAGAAGCAGCCAAGCACACUCCAGAUCACCGUCAGGUGACAGAAAAUCCAAGUCUCCAUCACCAGACGGCACUGCACAGCCUACUUCUACAACUCACAAAUCGAGAUCCAAUUCACCUGCUCAUGGAUCCCGGAAAGGAUCCAGUUCCAAAUCUGCUAGUCCAGUAAAUAAAGAAGGUUCCAGGUCUAGAUCAAGAUCAGGGUCAGCACAUUCUGGUGUAAAUGGAAAAAAAUCGAGAUCAGCUUCCCCAAAAGUAGCUUCGCGUUCAAGAUCAAGGUCAAAUUCCGCACCAGCUGAAGAUAAUGAGGCCCGAGCCAAAUCGAGAUCUAGGUCAAGAUCCCAUUCCGGGUCAAGAAAAUCAAAAUCUAGAUCAAGAUCUCACUCCGGGUCAAGAAAGUCGAAGUCGAGGUCAAGAUCUCGCUCGGGGUCAAGAAAGUCAAAAUCGAGGUCAAGAUCUCGCUCGGGGUCAAGAAAGUCAAAGUCGAGAUCAAGAUCUCACUCAGGGUCAAGAAAGUCAAAAUCGAGGUCAAGAUCUCAUUCGGGGUCGAGAAAAUCAAAGUCUAGAUCAAGAUCUCGUUCAGGUUCUGCCAAGGCGGCUUCUAGAUCAAGAUCUCGUUCAGGAUCAGCAAGAUCAAGAUCAGGUUCAAGGAAGUCCAGAUCACGUUCAAGAUCAGGUUCCAGACGCUCAAGAUCUGGCUCUGCAAAGUCUCGUUCAAGAUCAGGUUCAAGGAGAUCUAGAUCAGGUUCAAGAAAAUCGAGAUCAGGUUCAAGAAAAUCGAGAUCAGGUUCAAGAAGAUCAAGAUCAGGUUCAAGAAGAUCAAGAUCAGGUUCAAGAAGUAGAUCAAGAUCGGGUUCUGCACGUUCUAGAUCCGGAUCAGCAAGAUCUAAGUCUAGGUCUAGAUCAAGAUCCCGAUCGGGCUCAGCUAGAUCAAGAUCCAGAUCAGGUUCUGCUAGAUCGAGAUCUCGAUCCGGUUCAGCUAGAUCAAGGUCUGGAUCACGUAGGUCCAGAUCCGGUUCGGCUAGAUCUAGAUCAGGUUCAGCACGAUCCAGAUCAGGGUCAGCUCGAUCUAGAUCAGGAUCUGCAAGGUCCCGGUCAGGUUCAAGGAAGUCUAGAUCCGGUUCUCGUCGAUCAAAAUCAGGAUCAAGGUCUAGAUCAAGAUCGGGAUCGAGGAAGUCUAGGUCAGGUUCUAGAAGAUCGAGAUCGGGAUCGAGAAGAUCAAGGUCCGGUUCAAAGAGGUCGAGAUCUAGAUCUGGUUCAAGAAAAUCUAGAUCAGGUUCUGCGAAGUCAAGGUCUCGUUCUAAAUCUAGAUCACGUUCAAAAUCAGGUUCACCGGCAAAAUCAAGAUCAAGGUCCAGGUCUGGAUCGCGGUCAGGAAAUGAAGCGAGUAAACCAAACCGUAAGAGAGCAGUUUUAUCUGACUCAGAAGAUGAAGAGGCUCCACCUAAUAAAACGAAAAAGGUAGUAGUUAGUGAUGACGAAGAUGAACCGACGGCUGCUGCAACGGAAGCACAACCAGAAGAAGCUCAAGCAGGACCAGCACCUCAACAGGAGGAUUCUGAUUCGGAUGAAGGCAUUGAUGAUAGAGGAAACUCACAGGAUGAUAAUCAUGGCAUGUCAGAUUUUGAUAUUAUGCUUCAAAGGAAACGUGAAGAAGGCACCAAGCGACGUAAAAGGAAAGACAUUGAUAUUAUAAACGAUAAUGAUGAUAUCAUUGCUGGUCUUUUGGGUGACAUGAGACAAGCAGCAGAGGAGGACAGGAAACUUAACGAAAAGUUCAAACCUGCCACGAAAAAAACAGCCAUGCUUGCCAAAGUCAUGUCACAGUUAAAAAAACACGAUCUACAACUGGCCUUCAUAGAACAUAAUGUAUUAAACGUUUUAACAGAUUGGUUGGCACCGAUGCCAGAUAGAUCCUUACCUUCUUUGCAGCUUAGAGAAGCCAUAUUAAAACUUUUAGCUGAUUUUCCCAAAGUUGACCAGUCCACUAUCAAACAAUCUGGUAUAGGUAAAGCUGUGAUGUAUUUAUAUAAACAUCCCAAAGAAACUAAAGAAAAUCGUGAGAGGGCUGGAAGACUGAUUAGUGAAUGGGCAAGACCUAUCUUCAACUUAUCUACAGACUUUAAAGCUUUGAGCAGAGAGGAAAGGUUCCAAAGAGACCAUGAACAAUUUGGAAGCAAGCGAAGAAAAAGCGAUGAAGAAACAGCACAAGAAAGAAAAGAACUCAAUAAAGCAUUAAAUGCAGAGGGAAAACCCCUAAGACCUGGAGAGAAAGGUUGGGUUGCACGAGCUAGGGUACCUAUUCCUUCAAAUAAAGAUUAUUUAAAUCGACCCAAAUGGCAGUCGGAAGUAGAUAUUAGUACGACAACCAAGAAGGGUCUAAAUAGAUUCGAGAAACAUUACAAGAACUUCAUAGAUAGCAAGAGAUUGAAACAAACUAGACGAGCCGUUGAAAUUUCUAUAGAAGGAAGAAAGAUGGCGUUGUAGAUAGACUAUUUUAAAAAUUUAGUUCGAAAUAUUUAAAUGUAUGGUUAGUACUUCUUAUGAUAUGUUCAUAUUAUCUAAGAGCGCUCGCAAACACAGCCACUUGUGGUCGCCACCGACUUCAAGUAGCGAGAACCGGCCGCAUCUAAACAUUCCGUAUAUGUAUUUGGCACCUAGGAGUUUUCUAUUGGUUCCUUGCGGCAAGCGGCCAUAUUUCAACCAAUAAGCGGCGAGGUGCCAUUCAUGUAUACGGAAUGUUAUUCGGUGCGAAAUUCAUAUACGGAAUGUUAAAUAUUCGUAGGCGGAAAAAAACAACUUUUUAUUAGAGUCGAUUAAAAGGAGAUUGAUUUUAAAAUACUUGAAUGUAUUAUUAAAUAAAAAUAAAACAAUAAUUAUAGUAUUUGGAAUGUUAUUUGGUGCGAAAUUCAUAUGCGGAAUGUUUUGAUAGACUAAAAAAGGCGACUUUUUAUUAGGUCAGUUAAAGAAGACUGACUUUAAAAUAUUUUGUUAAUGUAUUAUUAAAGAAAAUAAAACAAUUAUUACCUAUAUGGAAUGUUAUUUGGUGCGAAAUAAUGCGAAUGGUAUAGAUUUGAGAGACAUUAUUUCUUUAUUUGACUAAGGUUUCGCAUUCGCAGAAUUUUUAACGACUUGCACGUGUUGUUUAGUAUGUUUAGAUAAUAAUAUGUUUCAGCUAUUCAAUUAUGUUGAAGUUUAGGGCUCUGUGCUACCAGACGAAAAUAGUCGUCUUUUAUCUACGAAGUACAAACAUUUAACAUUCCGUAUAUGAAUUUCGCACCAAAUAACAUUCCAUAUGCUAUAAUUGUUUUAUUUUUAUUUAAUAAUACCUUAACAAGUAUUUUAAAAUCAAUCUCCUUGUAAUCGACUCUAAUAAAAUAAAAAGUUGUCUUUUCCGUCUACGAACAUUUAACAUUCCGUAUAUGAAUUUCGCACCGAAUAAUAUUCCGUAUACGUGAAUGGCACCUUGCCGCCUAUUGGUUGAAAUAUGGCCGCGUGCCGCAAGGAACCAAUAGGAAACUCCUAGGUGCCAAAUACAUAUACGGAAUGUUUAGAUGCAAACCGGCCACCACCAUAGCUUGUAGCUCAAAGACUACCGGGAACGUAGUGUGUGCGCCGGGACUAUUUAAAAUACAUGCAAACAUCAGUCAGAAGCGUGUAGCAGCCAUCGGUGGCGACCACAAGUGGCUGUGUUUGGGAGCGCCCUAAACCAACGUUUUAAAAACGUUUAAAAUCUUUUUUACGAUUUAAAUUUAAGGUCUAAGUGUAUUUUAAUUGUCACUUAAAUUGAACUACUUCUAUCAACUUGUUUGCAUGUCUCAUUAUUACAUUUUUAUAAAUAAACAAUCAAAAAUGUUAUCAGAAACGUUAUUAACAAGCUCACAUCACAUUUUCGGCAUCGACAUAGUUCUCUCAAGUACAGUAUUUCACUAUACAAUAUUGGAAAUCUUUUUUUCGGAACAUAGGAACUUUCAAUACAAUAAGUUACAUUCUGGAUCUGCAAUUAACCAGUGUAAAUUUCAAGACAACGUCGCGAUUUUUCAUGUUUAAUCCAUUUGUUCGACUGCACUGAACUGAGGUGCCCCAUCGUAUUGAAUCGUUUGUGUGAUAGCCAGCGGUAAAGGGAUCACACUGGUUAAUCGCAAAUCAGAGAUCUCAGUUCGGUGCAGUCGAACAAAUUAAUUAAAUAUGAAACAUCGCGACGUUGCGUUGUUUUGAAAUUUACAGUGUUUACUUGCAAAUCAAGAAUCCAACUUAUUGCAUUGAAAUUUCCUAUGUUCCGAAAAAAAUUUCCAAUAUUGUAUGUACAAGUACUCACGGAAGGAUGGUAAACUGAUUUAGUAAGAAAGAAUUUUUGACUCAAAAGUAAUUAUUCCCUAGAAGCUCUAUUCUCUCUACAGCCUUAAGAAGGACCAUUUCAUAUAGAUUUAUGCUUUUGGUUUCUUCACACUGACAUAAAACGUGGAGACGGUUUCCUCUUCUUCUAGAUAGAACCGACGUAUUCUCUUCCGCCAAACCCAUACGACUCAAAUGGUCCCAGUUAAUGGUAGACAACCGCUUUCUCAGUCUUAUUUAUCAGCCUCUCACUACUUACGUAGCCUUUGUGACCUGGAACCCACCCUAUGCCAAUCUAUUCCAACCUGGGAGAGGGCAUUCAAACAGUCACACACCAGUUUUAGAUCAACCUGGAUAGAACUGAUGGCUUUUAGAGCUGCAACUUUUGCCUGAAAUACGGUGGCAUAUGUUCCCAAAAUUAACCGGAUUUCUGACCUUGGCAUUGUGCUAUAUAGGUUAAAAUUUAAUUUAACUUUUACUAGUUGAAGUCGACUUUUCCUAACCCUUAUUAGUAAAAGUAGAUCGCGGGAAAAAUAGAAUCAACUCUUACCAGUUUGAGUUGACUAUUCCUGGUCGAUUCAGUAAAUGUAUAUUAUACAAGUAUAAUCUCACAUGCUUUUUUGAUGAGUGUGCGUCUCUUCGUUUUGACCGUUUCAACUACUUAUCACGAUUUGAAUAUAUCCAGUAACAUUAAUUUCUAGAAUCGGUUGUUUGUGUGAAUCAGAAUCAACUUUUACUAAAUGGCAUUGGGAAGAGUAUACUUUUACUAGUAAAUGUUGAAUAAAAACUCUUCAUUCAUUUUAUAUUAUAAUCAACUUUUACUAAAACCAGCCGUUUGAGUUGACUCGAACUAGAAAUAGUCAACUCCAACUGGAGAAUCAACUUGAACUGGAACAUAUAUACCAGCUCCUGUACCUUCAUCGGUUUUGGAGCAUCUGCAUAUCAACUUGAGUUUGCCGUUACUACUAGUAGGGAAACCUCUCCCAGUUUUCCCUCUUUGGUACUGUGAUAUUAAAAUGUUUAUCAAAACUAUAUUUUUGGUCUAUUUGGUCAACAGUCAUGUUCAGAACGGGUCCGCCUUUAUAUCCUGAUAUGGCCUUGUUUGAUCGGCUCGUUGCGAUCUGCUUAUUGGAGCUUGCCAGUGUAUUAGCCUGUGUACUGAUGACCUGGCUUUUUUCUCCCUGUAUAAAUAAACUUACGUGCAUAGAAAUCGGCCCACUUAAAAAUUUGGCCAUUUUUGAUGUCUCAUGUUUCCUAAACCUGUUGGCCGAUUUAAGUAAUUUUUUGAACAUGUUAUAGCCUGAUUCUUUAACAAUACCAGUGUAAUAUUGUUGCUAAACAGGUAAAUUUUUAUUGUAUACCGGGUGUACCAAUCAAACUAUGUUUUUUUCUCAAAGUUCGCAUCGCCCUGUGGAAUAUUCUAGCAUUUAUAAAAUACUGAAAUUAAAACCCAACUAUAGCCUCAGGUUUUCAUUCAUUCAGGAAUUCAGAAUUCAGGAUUCAUUCGUUUAUGUUAGAUAAUAAAAAAGUUAGGUACUUUAAGAACUAGACAUGCUCUUUAUCAACACUCGGUGCGACAAACUUAAAGGGGUAAUUCUGCAUGAAAAAGUAAUGACAGUUGGUUUUAUAAACAUAAUAUGUCCGCAAAUGUUUCGUUUCCGAGAUACGGGAUGUUGAAUUUUUUCUUACAAACUGACGAUUUAUUUAUUGCUUUAAAACCAGUUGAGAUAAGCAAAUGAAAUUUAGUAGGUUUUAAGAGAUAGUUAUUGCGGAUUUUUUAACAUAAAAUUAAGAAUUUUAUAUUCACCAUUAGCAUGGAUACGGGUAACAUGAUCGGUCAUAUUGGCGCGCUAAUGGUGAAUAUUAAAUUCUUAAUUGUAUGUCAAAAAAUGUGCAAUAACCACGUCUUAAAAUCCACCAAAUUUCAUUGGCAUAUCUCAACCGGAUUUAAAGCAAUAAAAUAAAUCGUCAGUUUGUAAGAAAAAAUUCAACAUCCCGUAUCUCAAAAACGAAACAUUUGCUGAUAUGCGUUUAUAAAGCCAACUGUCAUUACUUUUUCAUGCAGAAUUAUCCCUUAAAGCUUGUCGCACUCAUUUAGAAACACCGUGUAUUGAUGAAGAACAUGUCUAGUUGUUAAAGUACCUAACUUUUAUAUUAUCCAACAUAAACGAAUGAAUCAAAAAACUAAAUGUUAAAAAACCUGAGGCUAUAGUUGGGUUUUAACUUCAGUAUUUUAUAAAUGCUACAAUAUUCCACAGGGUGAUGCGAACUUUGAGAAAAAAACACAGCUUGAUUGGCACACCCGGCAUACAAUGAAAAUUUACAUGUUUAGCAACAAUAUUGCUACAGUGGUAUUGUUAUAGAAGGAGGCUAUAACAUGUUCAAAAAAUCACUUAAAUCGGCCAACAGGUUUAGGAAAUGAUACAAUAAAAAUGACCAAAUUUUUAAGUGGGUCGAUUUCUAUGCACGUAAGUUUAUGUACAAUCGUGGUCAGUUUAUCAUGAUUUCUAAUGAAUCUGUAGAGGCGGUUCCCAUGACACUCGAGGAAAGCCUUUUUGUGCAACUAAGCAACCACAUCGUUCCCACAUGUUGCUCCUUGGUCCACAAUCAUACUGAACCGCAAGUCAUCAUAGGUCUUGUAACCCUUAUGUAUAACCAAAAAUUCGACACUGCCAAGGGUCAUUGUAGCCUUGUGUGACAUUUUUAAUGCGCGAAUUCCACAUCAACUUCUGGUAAAUAUUACGUCUAAAUACUUGGUCAGACUUUAGACCAAGAGUCUUCUUUUCCUUUCGAUUCUGCCGAACUUGAUCUGCCAGAAUUCGUUAUAAAUGAUAUACAGGGUGUUUCAUUAAUAAUUGGAAAUAUUUUAACUGUAUGUAGAUUCUUGGGCUCAAAAUAUUAUGAUUUAACCCAAAUCACGUAAAUAAAAUGUGGCUCGUUACUGAGUUACAGAGUGUUUUAUUUAAAAAUUGAAAAACUAUUUGUACCCAGUACUUUAAAACUGUUUGACAUAUCCUUGUCAUACUUGACAGCAAGGGUAAUUAAUGUACAACCAUAUAUUAACAUAGAGUGAACCUACCCUCCGCGCUUCCUGACGACAAGAUCUCAUGGACUGGUUUGCGGUAUCUCUUUCUAGCACAUUGUAUCGAGAAACCAAGAUGACAUUAAGUCUCGAGUAUAGGCACGGACAACUGUAGCAGCUUUACUAUGCGUAAGAGUGAAACAGCACUAAUCCAAAUAAAAAAGAUGGUGUCGUCACUUCGCUCUGAAUGACACUCUGUCUAUGAUAAGUGUACAACCUAUUAAAUUAUGUUAAAGAAAUGUUUCUGGCCAGAGGCGUACGACGGGGGAAAGUCAUUGGUUGACCUUUCCCAAAUUCUACGCCACUGGCGGAAUUGCUAUUUUAGUACAAUUUUUUGAUUUUCCAAUACUUUAUAUGUAAAUAAUAUACUCUUCAUUCAUAACGAUAAAAUCAUUAGUGUUAGAGAUAUUUGAAGUUAAAAACGAAGGGGCAUUAAUACAUUAAUCAAAAUAACUGUGCCGUUUCAUUUUUAACUUCAGAUAUCUCUAACACUAAUGACUUAUCGUUGCGAAUGAAGAGUAUAUUAUUUACAUACAAAGUAUUGGAGAAUCGAAAAAUUGCACUAAAAUAGCAAUUCCGCCAGUGGCGUAGAAUUUGGGAAGGAUCAACCAAUGAAUUUCCCCCGUCGUACGGCUCUGUUAGUAGCCAGAAACAUGUGUUUAUCAUAAUUUAUUGGGUGUACAGUACCUAUACUUGUUGUCAAGUAUGACAGGGAUAUGUCAAAUUGUUUUAAAGUAUGUACGUACUAGGUACAAAUAGUUUUUAAAUUUUUAAAUAAAAUACCCUGUAACUCAGUAAGGAGCCACAUUUUAUUUAAGUGAUUUGGGUUAAAUCUUAAUAUUUUGAGCCCAAGAAUCUACAGUUAAAUAUUUCCAAUUAUUAAUGAAACACCCUGUAUAUGCAUCACUGUUAAAAUAGAAGUACUAACUAAAAAAUAAUUCAUAGUUUUAAUUUGCCGUUUUGGGUUGGUACUAUGUAAUAGGCCUGGAUCACGCGUACCAAAAAAUGUUGAUUAAUAGCAAGCUGAAAAUUUGUUAAUAGGUUAACGUUGUCUAGUCGGAGAAACUUUUAUGUAUGGGAACACUGUAAGUUUUAAUUGUGGGACUGGAUUUUAAUUGUGGUACGUGUCAUCAUGACAAGUUUAUGAUUGUGAAAACUAGCAUGUUGUUUUUAAGUUUAUUCAAUAGCCAACUUUAUAGUCCUGUCGCCAGGGGGGUACAACGGCCUUCUGUAUUCAGAUGGACUUACCCAAGAUUUUUUUAUGUAUUUUGACCUUUAGAACACGAAUUUUUUGGGUAACAGUUGAUCCGGAUGUCGAUAAGAUUGUUAUAAACCAAGAAGUUGAGGAAUCACAUAACAGCGAUUUCUUGCAAAAGAAAACAUUUUUUUGUAUUUUUUGGGCCUUUCUAACCAAAAAAUGUUCUUACAAAUUUUUUCGUAGGAUGCAUAGUUUUCGAGAUAAACGCGGUUGAACUUUCAAAAAAUCGAAAAAUUGCAAUUUUUGAACCCGAAUAACUUUUGAUUAAAAAAUAAAAUAGCAAUUCUGCUUACCGCAUUUGAAAGUUCAAGUCAAAUUAUAUCGGUUUUAAUUAUUUGUAUUGCUAAAAAUUUAUUAUUUUAUUGUUAAAACAAAGCUAUAAACACCUAGUGCUUGAGUGAUGUUUUCAAUGAUUUCUCAUUUAAAAUCGAAUGAGUAGGUAGAGGAGGUGAAAGUGCAAGCGGCGCUAUUUCUACGUAGCAUGCAUUAAAACGUAUGUAUUAGGCACGGGAAACACUAUGUGUUUAUAGCUUUUUUUAAUAAUCAAAAAAUAAAUUUUUAGCAAUGCAAAUAUUCAAAACAGAUAAAAUUUUACUUAAACUUUUAAAGGUGGUAAGCAGAAUUGCUAUUUUAUUUUUUUAAUCAAAAGUUAUUCGGGUUCAAAAAUUGCAAUUUUUCGAUUUUUUGAAAGUUCAACCGCGUUUAUCUCGAAAACUAUGCAUCCUAAGAAAAAAUUUGUAGGAACAUUUUUUGGUUAGAAUGGCCCAAAAAAUACAAAAAAAUGUUUUGUUUUGCGAGAAAUCGCUGUUAUGUGAUUCCUCAACUUCUUGGUUUAUAACAAUCUUAUCGACAUCCGGAUCAACUGUUACCCAAAAAAUUCGUGUUCUACAGGUCAAAAUACAUAAAAAAAAACUUGGGUAAGUCCAUCUGAAUACAGGAGGCCGUUGUACCCCCCUUGGCGACAGGACUAUUAUAUAAUAUAGGAGGAAAUGUUUGUCUGACAAAUAUAUUGGGAAUUUUUAAUAAGUCCGACACGUAGAACAUGUCAAAUGACAGGGAUUAUAUUGGUGGUAAAUAGCAGUCUGAUUUUUGCAUGAGAGUUUAAUGAAAGGGUGACAAAUCAAUUGGAAAUUCUGUCCGACAAAAUACAUGGGGCAUUUUCGUAGUCUGACGUUCCAAAUUUUUAACGUGUUCCACAAUUAAAACUUCCCCUGUUCCAGUGUUCCCGUACAUCAAAAUAAUUUGUCCGACUAGACACCGUUAAGCUAUUAACAAAUUUUCAGCUUGCUAUUAAUAAACUUUUUUUGGUACGUGGGAUCCAGGCCUAUAAAUCGGAGUUAUGAAAUUAAUUGCGUUUUUUUAGAAUUCAUGUUUUGUCCACGAUUGUAAUAUAUUUACAAACUGAUGUAUCAAUUAAUUGUUUAGUAGAUAUUGUUUUAUAUUAAAUUAAUAAAGAAUAAAUACGUAAA